AUGGCGGCGCCGAGCAAGGGAGCCACCAGGAAGAGCCUGAUCUCAAGAACCCUGGAGUGGUGCAAGUCUGGGCUGAACCGGAUCGGCACUGCGGGACGGGCGCGGUCGUCGCCGGCGGUCGCCGGGUGCUUCCCGGUGUACGUGGGUCCCGAGCGGGUGCGCUUCGUGGUGCGCGCGGAGUACGCCUCCCACCCGCUCUUGUGCCGCCUCCUCGACGACGCCGAGCGCGAGUACGGGCACGCGGCGCGGGGCCCGCUUACGCUGCCGUGCGACGUCGACGCGUUCCUCGGCGUCCUGUGGCACAUGGAGCAUGGCGAUGGCAGUGGAGAUGGAGAUGAAGACGGUGAUGAGGUCCGCACGGCCGUGUCGUCGUCGCCAAUCUGCGGCUUGCGGAGCUUCAGCAAGAACCGCGCAGCCGGAUACAGGAUGAUGAACCCAAGGUCUUCCCCGGUGGUUGCUAGGAUCGGUGAGCACAGAGAAACUAAGCACGCACGAACUCGAUCAUACAGUUAG